AUGGCUCUAUCAGAGUCUAAGACUGAGCUCUGGGACCUGGAUAUCAGUGUGAUCCAGCCAGAGGGGAAAGGUCCAGGUCCAGCCACAGAUGGAACCAGCGGUAUCAAGCCGUUCAGGGGUGCGUUCGAACGUUAUGUCCAGCCCUGUCUGGCAGAGCUGCUGGGUUCAUCUCUGUUUAUCUUUGUGGGGUGUCUGUCUGUGAUCGAGAACACGGAGGGCACCGGGAGGCUGCAGCCGGCCCUGGCACAUGGCCUGGCCCUGGGCAUCGUCAUCGCCGUUCUGGGGGAGAUCAGUGGGGGGCACUUCAACCCAGCAGUGUCUGUGUCUGUGUUUCUGAUCGGGGGUCUCAACAUCAUACUGCUGGUCCCCUACAUACUGGCUCAGAUGUGUGGAGGGAUGAUAGGGGCGGGACUAGCCAAGGUGAUUUCCCCAGCCAUGAACUAUGCCAAAGUUUCAGGGGCAGCGUUCAACACAGUGCAGGCAGACACCCAGAUAGUGCCGGCCACGGUGGCAGAGGUGAUCAUGACUCUGUUCCUGACGAUGGUGGUGUGUAUGGGGGCCGUGAAUGGACGCACCCGCAGCCUGCUGGCCCCUCUCUGCAUCGGGCUGACCGUGACCGCAGACAUCCUGGCUGGGGGAGCGGUGUCUGGGGCAUGUAUGAACCCAGCUCGUGCCUUUGGACCAGCCGUGGUGGCCAACUACUGGAGCUACCACUGGAUCUACUGGGUGGGACCCAUGUCUGGAGCCCUGCUAACCGCCAGCUUCAUACGAUUACUGCUUGGGGAUGAGAAAACCCGAGUUCUCUUGAGGUGAUACAGAUGUAGGUUUCUAGUUCAAGUCCAUUCAAACGUC